AUGUCGCGAGAACAGAGCGGCAAGAGUCUUGUCCUAUCCGUUUCCCCAUCACCGGCCGGCCAGAGCUUAAGUGGACCGGGCGAGGCGGUAUCUGAAGCCAAGCGGCCCUCCGCUGGCUCUUCGAGGACAGAAGAGGCUGGGUGGGAUCAGGUCGCUGAGCCUCCUAACACGGGCCUUGGAAAGGAGACACACGCCCCGGCCGGAAACGGGCAUCAAAAGGGAGCGCAGCCGAAGAUGAAGGGGAUGACGGGCGUGGAGAACCUUUUCCUUGACGGGCUCAUGAAACAGCUCGAGUCCGUCCACAAGGAGCAGGGCGAGAUGGACUCUGAAGAUGGAGACGGCGACUGCGAAUAA